CGUCUUCUACAAAAGUUAUUCCGCGACCUAUCGACUCACGGAGUGAGGAUACUAAUAUGCAUGAAGAAACGAUUAUUCCUGAUCCCUCACCUGAAAUAGAACAUAGCGCUAUAAAAUCGGAGAUUCGAUGCUCUGCAUCACCCUCUACAACCUCUUUACCACAAGAUGAUACAUCUAAACAAAUGUCAGAAAACGCAUCUGAUAUAUCUGGUAUCGCUCCAAAUUCCGGCACAUCCUCAGCUAUUCAAGACCUAUCAUACGGUAGUACAGAAACCAUUCUCUCAAAAAACGAUCAAGAUGGAAAUUUAUGUGAUAUGAAAACCGUUCCCUCGGGGAACGAUCGAGAU